UUCCUCGGGAUCGAAUCGAUGCGCGCGUCGAUCCUCUCGAGGGCGUCCGGGGACGUCCUCGAGCUCGGCGUCGGAACCGGUCUGAACCUCCCGCGGUACGACGCCGCGAACAUCACGACCUUGACCGCGGUGGACAUCAGCGACGGGAUGCUCGAGCUCGCGGUGGAACGCGCGAUGACGAACCUGGGUGAUGCGUUUCGGGCCCUGCCGUUCGACGACGCCUCGUUCGACUGCGUCGUGGACACGUUCUCUCUGUGCGUGUUCGAGGACCCGUCGCGAGCGAUGCGCGAGGUGCGAAGAGUGCUUCGACCCGACGGCGUCGCGCUGCUCGUGGAGCACUCCAGAGCGCCCGGCGCGUUGGGAUGGUAUCAAGACCUCACGGCCGCGCCGGUGAAGUCGCUCGCGAAAGGGUGCGCGUGGAACCAGGACGUGCGGAAGAUAUGCGAAGACGCGGGGUUGAUCGUGACGUCGUCCGCGCCGUCGCUGUUCGGGACGCUGCUCACCGUGGAGGCGACGCCGGGGCCGCCGCCGGAGGCC